UCUAGUCAGUGGAGGAAGCCGCGAGGAGGCGGUCCUUCUCCUUAGCAACGGGAGUGUUGAUGGCGUUGCUAAGGAGGAUGCAGCUGAUGCUACAGGGCCCGCCUGCAAAUGGAGGAGGCGGCAGCGUUGCUGGUGCGGGGCCGUGGAGCCGCCGGCAGGGAGAAACCGAAGGAGUUUCUGAGCAACAGCCAAAGAACCGGCAGAACACCUAACCUCAGUUUCCUAGGCUUGGGAAGAAGCCACGCUCUUCACAAUGGUAUCUCGGAUGGUUCUUCAAUGGAUCAGAGAGAAAUUGGUCAUCCAACUCGCCAUAUCACGGAGACCCCAACCAUUGAUGAACUAGAAGAAAGCCUGAGGAAGCUUAAAGUCCAAGUGGACAGCUUGACCUCCAGCCUGAGCUUCCACCCUGAUGAAGAAGAUGUUUUGGAUCUGGCAUCACCCGGUGACUCAAAUCCUUUUAGUUCCAGGUGGCCAGAAGCUCCUUCGGGGACUUAUGUGGAAUCCAGCAUUGGAGGGCCACCAAAGCCACCAGACGAAUCAGAAUGGUUCUUGAAGCCCAAACACUUACUCAGAUCCUUAGGUGAUUAUUCAGCCCUGACCCACUUGGGGCUUCCAACCUUUGCCUUGUCCUCAACGGAUCGGGUGGCCGGAAUGUUAGGAAGUGAGAUUGCGGCUCGAAAUUCAGUGGCCUCUUCAGAUCUUGCUUUUCCAUUGAAACUGGGGGCUCCUCACGUGAUCGGCGUCAGAUCCCUGCUGCCCCCUAAGAUCCCUGUCAGGUCUCGCUCCCCAGAAAGGGCAGUGCUGUCCUGCGACAGAGGCCGUUCACUGAGUCUCAGUCAUUCGGAGUCCCCUCGCUCAUGGUCCUUCUCCCCAGCCUCCAAACGCUCCCGCUGGCUCCGAUCUCGUUCUCAGUCCCCCAGGCCUGUCUGGAGGCCUAGUUCAGCCAAGGCAAACGCCUGUGCUCAGCCCCCGCCGCAGCUUGGGAGGCCCAGAAGCAGCAAGAAGAAAAAUGGAUCGAGUCGGCAGUCACGAUGGAGGCUAUACCGGCCUGGUUCAUUGGCCUCCAGAGCUGAUACCCCCGGGCGGGCAUCUGAAAGGAAAGCACAGUAUGAUUCUUGGAGUCCUUACAGUUUGCCUUCUGCUGCCAUCUCCUCCCCUACAGCUCAGGAGAUCAACGAACGGUUCCUGCAGACUCUCGCGGAAGGAGCCACGGGCAGCUCCCUGAUCGAAAUGUCCCCUUAUCAGAAAGAGCUGGCGCGUCUGCGGCUGGAGCGCCUGCGGGUGGAGGAGGCUUGGUUGCUGGAGCUGAAGAGGCAGCAGGAGCUGGAACGAACCCGGGGCCCAAAGCCCAAGUGGUAUGAGAUAAAAAACUCCCAGUUCCAUUACGAAGCCCGCAAGAAUAAUGAGCUUCUGAGAAACAGCCAGGACCUGCAGUCAGUGUACAAGUAUCGGCAGGAGUUGGCAACGGCCUCCAAGGAAUUCCAGCAACUUCCAAGUUCCACCUACCUGGAGACCCACUGAAAAGAUCUAAGAAGAGACCUUCAUAAAGCGAAAUCAGCUGGUGAAAUAGCAGGGUUUGUUCUGUUCCCAGUUGUCCCUUUAUGGAUGGUGGAGACAGUCAAAGUUGGUAAGUGAAUGGAAGAUUCUUUGUGUUUAAACUUCAGUCGCUGGCAACUUGUCCCAGUUGGCAGCCAAACAACUUGAAUGUGAAGAAGAUUCCUAGUGUGCUUCCGAAAGCUCCAUUGAUGUUUCCCGUGAUUUGAGGCAGCUGUUCUUUGUCCCUUGGAGUUAGUUGAUACCUUGAGAAGAAUCUCGCAAUGCAGCUCACUUGAAAUGUACCAUUUUUGCAUGCAAGAGGGGACUAGCACAGCUGAAUGCUCCCGCGUUAUAAACUCCCUGCACGCGGAAAGUUAAAACUAAACAGACCAACAGAAGCUUCAAUUUAUACCUCUUUUACAAGGCUGUACCAUUAGGGGCUGCAGGUGCAGUACCGAAUGUUAGAAUGCCCUGUUCCCUAUUAAAAGACUCUACUCCAACAAGGUUCUAAGUUGGCCUUUCUCCGUCCUAACUAGCUAGCUUUCUGUGUGCACAUUCAUUUAUAUGUGGGGAUGCAUUCUUAGCGGCAAAUGGUACAGCCUAGCAACAGAUGCAUGGGAUACUAUUCACACGUUUAACUCUUACUCUGAACAAAGGCACGAGCCUCAAAACAAGAGCAGAUCCAAAAAAUGGC